UUCGAAUCCCCGCUUCAUAAUUCACACACAUUCUCUCUCUCUCUCUCUCUCUCUCUCUCUCUCUCUUCCCUUCACGAACGAAAACCAGCGUCUGAAGCUUUUCAAAGUCGCCGCCGGUUUCAUAUUUACAUUUCUACCCUUUUCCCCCUCCUGUAUAAUCGUACUCCUCUCCUCCGUACCUAAAACCCUAAUCCCUCUUCUUCUUCUUCUUCUUCUUAUUCCGCUUUCUCUAAUGGCGUUUGUUCCUAAAUCGCGUUCUCCGCAUGAGGAGGAGGCGGUGGAGACCGACCACGACGCCCCCAACCCGCGCCAGCUCUACGGCUUCCCAGCCGCCGCCGCUGCCCCGAUCGCGUUCCGGACGCGGGGCUCUGAGCUCAGGCUCCGAUCGUCCAGCGACAACAUGGUCGAGGAGGAGGCCAACGCGAAGAUCGUCGAGGGCGACUUCGGGUACGUCCUCGAGGACGUACCCCAUCUCGUCGAUUACCUCCCCGAUGUCCCCACAUAUCCGAACCCACUCCAAGAUAAUGCCGCCUAUUCAGUUGUCAAGCAGUAUUUUGUCAACGUGGAUGAUACUGUGCCCUAUAAGAUUGUUGUUCAAAAGAAUAGCCCACGAGGAGUACACUUCCGGCGUGCUGGGCCCCGUCAGAGGGUAUAUUUUAAAUCAGAUGAUGUGCUUGCAUGUAUUGUAACCUGUGGUGGCCUUUGCCCUGGGCUCAACACAGUAAUCAGGGAGCUAGUAUGUGGUUUGUCCCAUAUGUAUAAUGUCAAACAAAUCCUCGGCAUAGAGGGUGGAUACAGGGGAUUCUAUGCUCGCAACACUAUACCCUUGACACCAAAGACUGUCAAUGACAUUCACAAAAGGGGCGGUACCAUCCUUGGAACAUCCCGGGGAGGUCAUGAUACUAUAAAGAUAGUUGACAACAUUGAGGACCGCGGAAUUAAUCAGGUCUACAUCAUUGGUGGAGAUGGAACUCAAAAAGGAGCAUUGGAGAUUUUUAAGGAAAUUCGGAGACGCCGUCUCAAAGUUGCUGUUGCCGGAAUUCCAAAAACAAUAGAUAAUGACAUUGCGGUUAUUGACAAGUCAUUUGGUUUUGAUACUGCUGUGGAGGAGGCCCAACGUGCCAUUAAUGCAGCACACGUAGAAUCUGAAAGUGUUGAGAAUGGCAUAGGCCUAGUAAAGCUGAUGGGUCGCUAUAGUGGUUUCAUUGCGAUGUAUGCUACUCUUGCCAGCCGAGAUGUGGACUGUUGCUUAAUUCCAGAAUCACCAUUUUAUCUGGAAGGACCAGGUGGACUUUUUGAAUACAUUGAAAAGAGGCUUAAAGAGAAUGGACACAUGGUUAUUGUCGUUGCUGAGGGGGCUGGUCAAAAACUUAUUGCUGAAAGUAUGCAGUCCAUGGACCACAAAGAUGCCUCUGGAAACAAGCUGCUUCUUGAUGUUGGUCUCUGGUUAUCUCACAAGAUUAAGGCUUACUUCUCCAGAAAACAGAAAAUGGUGAUAAAUCUUAAAUAUAUAGAUCCAACAUAUAUGAUUCGUGCAAUUCCAAGCAUUGCAUCUGACAAUGUCUACUGCACCCUUCUAGCUCAUAGUGCCAUCCAUGGUGCAAUGGCAGGAUAUACUGGCUUCACUGUUGGACUAGUUAAUGGCAGGCAUACUUAUAUACCAUUUCAUAGGGUGACACAGACACGAAACAAGGUCGUGAUAACCGACCGUAUGUGGGCAAGGCUACUGUCAUCAACCAACCAGCCAAGCUUUUUGAGUGCCAAAGACAUUGAGCCAAAAGAGCCCGAGAAGCCACUGGAAGGAUCGACCGCUAAAGGCAACCGAGAUGGAGAAACCACUUUACCCAAUGGUGAGGCCUGCUAGAGCGAUGAUUGCCAUUUUGACUGCACUAUUGGCAGAUAUUUUGACAGAUAAAUUUAAACCAUGCGUGUGAUUUAAAUUAUUUAGUGAUGCUUUUAGUUCAAAGUGGCAACCCAACUAUGUGACAUGUAUCUUGUCUUUAUAUUAACUUAUAAAGGCCUGGUAGGAGCAGCCUAGUGUAGUUUGUAUGAACUUGUUAUCGGAUAUACAGCAAAUGUUGCUCCUGAGAGAAAUAUACAUAAAUGUGCAUGAUGGGAGAACAAAGAGUUUUUGUUGGUGAUUUAUCAGAUAUCGGGCCUCGACUUUCCUA